AUGAGUCUCAUACAAGAAAUCAAGGAGAAUAUCUCUUUGCCCGAAGAGACUUCUCGGUUGCAAUUCCCUUCAGAAGAUGUUAUCGCCAAUGGUAUAGUAUCUGAAGAUGAGGCCCGGAUGUUGCUUGAAGGGUUUUCAAAGUUAUCCAGCCGCUGGCUGUUUAUGAGCACGGACCCAGUUGAGCUGCGCACAAAAUCGUCGCUUCUAUUCGGAACUUGCAUCCUUGCUGGUAUUCAUAUUACCCCAUCCUUGUAUGGAUCUGAAACACACCAAAAGCUAUACAGCCAUAUCCAGGAAAUAUUGGCCCAGUCACAGCUUGUCGCUGGAGCACCUCUUGAUACAAUACAGGCGUUAUUGAUUUUCUCGAUGUGGGAUCUCAGGCCAACCCGGGACCACGAUCAUGGGAAUUCCUGGUUACUCAGUGGCAUAGCUGCCAUGCAGGUUGUUAUGACAACCCACUUUGAAAACAUGUUCCAGACGGAUGACUCUCAGAAAAUUGCUCGUUCAAGAGAGUUCUCGCGUACUUGGAAUCUGGUCUGCCUUUGCCAUUUACAAUUCUCCAUUGGCUCUGGCCGACCGCCUGUGGUAUCAGGCCAGUACCUAGAUCAGUGCUCCAAUAUUCUGAAGUUUGAAUCUUAUAAUUCCCGUGAUGAACUCGUUUUGGCAGGGGUCGAGUUAUAUCGCACGCUUUGGGAUUUGAUAAAGUCGCAUGAGAUCCAAAUGGAUAAGCCUGUCUGGCCUGAAAUCGAAAAGCUCCGGAAAAAGCACGAGCAUAUAUACAAUCUGGACUCCUCUGAGCCCCUUCGUUUUGCUUACUCCUGCACCUCCUUGAUUUUGGCGCGAAGAACACUGCGACAGAUAAGCUACCUCCAGAAUGAGGAGCAAGAUAGCCCCCAGCAGGCAUAUUGGAAUAGUUCUAGGACUGAAUUCAUUCAAUUUGCAGUUCAUCACUCACACCAAAUUCUGAAUCUGUUCCUAUCUAUGUCCGAUCUUACAACUUACGUUCAUCCCGCCUACGAGAACCUUCUUUGUUCUUUCGCCAUGGCAACCUUAGUUGAGCUUGCAGACCAUGUCUCAAAUAUUUUCGAAACCACGACGCUGAUGGAGCAUGCUGUUUCACAUAUUCAGCGAGGCGGCAAGGCUGAACCGGUGGGCCGUUGGUCCCUCGGUAUCAUGAAGCAGUAUAUCACCGGAGAUAAUAAUGAUCAAGAUCCAAUCUCACAAGAAGAUACAGCUGUAGCUGAUGAGCUUAUUGAUCCAGCUACAGAUAUUAUGAGGUCAUGGGAGGAGGUUGAUUGGAAUUUUGAGCAAGAUUUUCCAUCACUUCAAGAAAUGUUCUUUGGGGUUGUGCCAUGA